AAAGCCGCGUCCUCUCCUCUCCUCUCCCGGAGUUUAUAGCCUUUUCGUCUUCUCUCUCACACAACCUCCGUUGCCGCUCUGUUCUCCGGAAUCCGACGAGGGUUCCUUAUCAGCGGGGGAAGAUAGAAAAAAAAAAGCAAACAAAAAUGCCAGUUUACAACAUCAGAGGAAUCAAUGUCGAUUUCCCAUUCGAGGCCUACCCUUCUCAGAUCACUUACAUGGACAGAGUCAUCGAGUCUCUCCAAAACAAAUGUCACGCGCUCCUGGAGAGUCCUACAGGUACAGGAAAAACUCUUUGUCUUCUCUGUGCCACAUUAGCCUGGAGAAAGAGUCUCGGAAGUUUCUCCACCCGUAAAGAUCGGAACAACAGUGACUCUCCUUGGACUGAUUCAGAUCAGCAAACGUCUCAAUCCCAAUCCUCCUCCUCUUCCGGAGGGUUUCCGAAAAUAGUUUAUGCGUCUAGGACUCAUAGUCAACUCCGUCAAGUGAUUAAAGAACUUAAAAGAUGCAGUUACAGGCCUAAGAUGCUCGUGCUUGGAUCACGUGAGCAGUUAUGUGUUAAUGAGGAAGUUAAUUCAUUACGAGGAAAGGCACUCACUAAUGCUUGUCAGUACCUUUGUAAAAAACGUGGUAAACGCCACUGUAACCAUUUCAAUCGGGUUCCAGAUUAUUUGAAGAAUAACUCUCAUAUUGGAGACGAACCUGUUGACAUUGAGGAUUUGGUCAAUAUUGGGAAAGGUUCUGGACCAUGUCCAUAUUAUAUAACGAGAGAGGUUCAUAAAGACGUGGACAUCUUGUUUGCGCCUUACAACUACUUGAUCAGCAGUGCGUAUAGAAAGUUUUUGAAGAUUGAUUGGAAUAAUGGCGUCCUGAUUUUUGAUGAAGCUCACAAUCUAGAAGGUUUAUGCGCAGACUCAGCUUCAUUUGACCUUCCUUCGGGGCUUUUAUCGGCUUGCAUUAUUGAGGCACAAGAAUGUGUAGAUCUUGCGUCAGCAAGAAGAGGUUCAUUAAAUGACGCGUCCAUGAACCCUGAGACUUUUGCUAUACUUAAAGGACUUCUUUUGAAGCUGCAAGAACUGAUUUCUAAAGUGCCAAUUCCGAAAAGGGACGAGGGAUUUACCAAGCCUGGGCCUUACAUAUACGAAAUGCUUAGUACCCUUAACAUCACUCACGAAACUGCUCCCAAACUCAUUGAUACAGUCGAGGAGGCUACAGUGCUUCUUGAAGAGGAGAAACAACGAACAGGAACCAACGCUGGAAGCAAACUAGAAAUCAUUGUUGACAUGCUUAAACUGAUCUUUAGAGAAAAUGGAAGUAGCCAUGCAGAUGUUUAUCGUGUUCAUAUUCAGGAGCAUGAGCAAAAUCCUUCUGAUAUCAUAAAAGGCAAGGUAUCAAGAACGCUUAGUUGGUGGUGUUUCAAUCCUGGGAUUACCAUGCAGGACAUAGCAAAAAAAGGUGUUGGGACUAUCAUUUUAACAUCGGGAACCUUGUCCCCCAUGGAUUCACUGGCUCAAGAACUAAAAUUAGACUUUCCUAUUCGUUUGGAGAAUCCCCAUGUUAUAUCCUCAAAUCAGCUAUGGGCUGGAGUUGUAAGCACUGGUCCAUCAGGGUGUCUUCUUAAUUCUAGCUACCGAAAUCGUGAUGUACCGGAGUACAAACAAGAACUUGGGAAUGCUAUUGUUAACUUUUCUCGAGUCGUACCUGAUGGACUGCUGGUCUUUUUUCCAUCCUAUUACCUUAUGGACCGUUGCAUUACAUUUUGGAAAGAUGGGGGUCACAGAAACUCGAUGACAGUAUGGGAAAGAAUCUGCAAACUGAAGAAACCUGUCAUUGAACCUAAAGAUUCUUCCCUCUUUCCUGCUGCAAUGCAGGACUUUUCAGAUAAGUUGCAAGACAGAUCAAUUUCUGGUGCGAUAUUUUUUGCCGUUUGUCGUGGAAAGGUUAGUGAAGGAUUGGAUUUUGCUGAUGGCGCUGGCAGAGCUGUUGUCAUUACGGGAUUACCAUAUGCUAGGGUGACUGAUCCCAAGAUUAAACUGAAACGAGAGUUUCUGGAUGAACAUUUACAAGUUGCAGAUGUCAAGUUGCCAAGAUCAAACCUUCUAUCUGGAAGCAUGUGGUACAGUCAAGAGGCCGCACGGGCUGUGAAUCAGGCAAUUGGACAUUUGAACAGCCGUCCCAGCAGACCAAGAUAUCCCUUUGGAUACGACCGUAUGUCAAGUUUGUUUCUGGUUACACCGGUUUUGCAGUGCUACCCAAGAUAUGGAGAGGUCAUUUCUGACCUUGCUCGGUUUUUCCGGACUGAAAGACCAAAUAUUCCUGCAAGGCUUGUAACAGAACAAGAAGACGAUACAGUUUCAACUUUGUUACCAAAGGUGUCAACCAAGGAUGCUCCUACACCAACCGCUGGUAGUAGUAAUAUGAAGAACGCCGGCAUUGCAAUAAAUGAAUUGAUUAGACUGGAAUCACUUCCUCCUGCAAAUCGGGCUUUACCGCCGUCGGAGGGUGGUGGAAGUAGUGUUAAAUGGAAAGGCUUGACCAUCCUACAACGCAAGAGUAAGAUGCCUCGCAUUGUAAAAGGAGAGGGUAUGCAAGCUUGUUCUGCAGGGAAGGCUAAAUUAGUGGAAAUAAGUGACGAUGAGAUUCCAGUAGAGAGAAGGAAAUGUGAAGUAGUUGAUCUAGAAAGCGACAAGUGUGAGAAGCAGACUUGUGAAACAGAAACAACUGCAUCGAGCAAUUGUUUCAACACAAUGGGGCUAGUAAAAAAGCGAAAGGUUCCAGAGAGUCAGGGAAGUGGAUCGUCCUCAGUGUUGAAAGAGAAAGGGUGUGGAGGUGGUGGUGAUAAAAAGGAAGCAAGUGCAUCUGCAUUUUUGAGUCAAGUCAAAGAAAAACUAAACGCAGAGGAAUAUAACAAGUUCAUUGGAUACAUCCAAGCAUUGAAGAAGAAAGAGAUAAAAUUAUUAAGCGUGAUGCAAGCCAUUGUGCAACUGUUCUGUGGGAAAGAAAGAGAUCAUCUUCUCAUUGGGUUCAAGGACUUCGUGCCAGAAAAAUUUCGUUCUGCAUAUGAGCAAUGCAUUAAAACGGUGAAAAGAGAUGCCUAA